AUGGCAUCUUCGACAUCAAUCCAAUCACGCCACGUGGCUGUAAUCGGCGCUGGAGCCGCCGGACUAGUCGCGGCGAGAGAGCUUCGACGAGAAGGUCACUCCGUCGUCGUCUUCGAGAGGCAGAAACAGGUCGGAGGAACCUGGAUCUACACCGAUCGUGUCGAGUCGGAUCCGUUAAGCGUCGACCCGACCCGAAUCGUCGUUCACUCGAGCGUCUAUGGCUCACUCCGAACUAACCUUCCUCGAGAAUGUAUGGGAUUCAGAGACUUCCCAUUCGCGAUCCGAUCCGGCGAAUCCAGAGAUCAGAGGAGGUUUCCGAGUCACGGUGAAGUUCUAGCGUAUCUGCGAGAUUUCUCUAAGGAGUUUGGCAUCGAGGAGCUGAUUCGGUUCGAGACAACGGUCGUGCGGGUUUCGACGGCGGAGAAGGAAUCGGAAAAUGGAGAAUCGAAUCCACAGAGAAGGAGAAUAAAAUUCAUCGGGAUGAGAUUUACGAUGCAGUUGUUGUUUGCAAUGGACAUUACAUAG